GUAUGUAUACUGUAUUUGCAUUGACAUCAACAUGUUAGAAGUGUUACUGAUAAUGAAGCCGGAAAUUUACGACUUCUGGUGGUAACUUUCAUCAUUAUUUCGAUAAUUUCAUGUUUUAAAUCGUGAACUGGAUACUUAUAAUAUCCUAAUGGACUUUGAAUUUCUCAAAUGGUACAUGAAGGCAAUUUUUGCAGCAUGCCUGUUUUCCUUGGUAUUGGCAAGGAUGGAGUUGAACCCAGUAUCAGCCUCACCGGGUGAGCUUCCAACACCAGAAGGUGAUCGUAAAGGAUACCCUGGCUUUGCAGCCAAUCUGCCAUGGUGUCCUGAGGGGUGGUACUUGUACCCACAGACCAACUCGUGCUUCCGCAAGCCUCAGAAGCACGAUACCCUGAAGCACACAGCUGCCCAGGAGUUCUGCAGGCAUGAAGGUGGAUCGCUGGCUACAGUCACAGGGCAAGAGCUACAGGAUGUCCUCACUAAACAGGCUAUUGAUCCAAGCAAUAGUACACUUGUAUGGUGGAUGGGCUACAUGUUGGUUCCGAGCGUAUCCGGUGAUGUAGACAAGCCAGCGGGUACCGAUGGCAGCAACUCCAACAACUCCAACAAUACCACCGCCGCCACCACCAUGUGGCAGGUCCAGACAGAGGAACAGACAGGACCUGAGCCACUCCUUGACAACAGCGCAAACAUUCCUACCACGGUGCCAGAGGAUUUAAAGGGGCAGCCUGUGGUCUGUAUACAACUCAAGCUAGUGUACAUUGAAGGAUUCUUGAAGAAAUGGGGUUGGAACCUGGCACAGUGUGAUGAGAGUGUACCAUUCAUCUGUAAGAAAAUGGCCUCCAAGUCCUGCUAUGAUCGCAAGGGUCACCUUAUCCCAGAGGGUCACACGUUUACACCCCCAGGCCACGAUGGAUGCACCCAGUGUACCUGUCUUCAUGGUGUACCGAACAUCUGCAGUAUCGCGGGAUGCGCACCUCCGACCUGCUCUAAGUUUGAGAAUAACCCAGAUGAAUGCUGUCAGUAUACAUGCCUUGAAGGUGAUCCUACCAUCCCAGGGAACAAUGAACCCACUGAGCCAGCUAUAAUGUCUGAGAAUAUGAGAUGGGUCUUGACAAUGAUAACAUCCUUCCUCUUACUUGGUAUGAUGCUCUUCAUGGUGUAUAGGAUGAGACAAAAGAGAAUAGCUUAUCUCAGAUACAGAGUACAGCAAUUGAGAGACACUCAAGAAGGAGAUUUUGAGCCAGGGUCAGGUCCCCCACCCGUUCCUGCUCUAGACGACCUAGAUGGCGCUAUAUUCAGAGAACCCCCACCUCCAUACUCUUUUUUCAAAGACUGUAACCGAAUUGAGAUGCCGCCUCCAUACAACGGACAGCAGAAUGCUUCACAACGUAGUGGCAGACAAGAGAUUAAUCAUAACCGGGAUUCCAGAGGUUCAGACCAACCUGAUAAUGUUAGGCUAUUACCGGGCUCAGAGCCGACUACACCUUCAGAUAUAAGUACAAUAUCAACUCUAGCAAGUCCACCACCGUACGAUCGCUGUCGGUCAUCCGAUAGCAUGCCAAUGACACCUGCUGAAACAUGUCCCAUGUUACCAACAAUCAACACCACACACAGAGCAACAAGCCCGCAACAAUCAUCACCAACACACUCAACAAUGCCACGAUCGUCACCGACACGAUCACAAACUCGAUCAUCAAGACAAUCACCAGUAAGGUCACCUACACUUGUAAGAAACACAACCGUGUAGUAGAUGGAGAGUAGUAAACUUGGGAUGUCUGUGCCAAUGCUCAAGCUGAAUGGAAGCGCGCUGUGAUUCAAAAUGGCGGUGGACUUGUUGUAAAAUGCAAAGAGAGCUCAGAUGCUAUCGUGUCUGGUUUUACUUCAGCUUUUGGAAUCCUAAUCAAUCAGUAUUAUUUCAAGUGAUGUUUAAUAGAAUAAUUAAUUAUAUUUAAUAUUUACAUGUAGAUGUUGAUUUUAUAUACUUUUGUUUCCUUUCAUAUUAUAUGCUUGUAUAACUCAACUCACUUCAAUAUUACUCUUUAUGCUUGUUUUGCCAUUUUUAUUUAAUAGUGUAACACUCAUUUGCUGUCAAAUGAUUCCUUGUGUUAAAAUGGUCAUAAAAACAGAUUUUUUAUACCUAUUCCUAUAUAUAUAUAUAUAUACAUAUUCUACAUAAGUUACAAAAGGUAAACAAUAGCAUCAUCAAACAUCAUUAUCUUUUAAAAUGUGCUGAAACAGCAGACUCUGACUGAGAGCUCUGAUGGGCCAAUCAAUUGGUUCACUGCAUCUCAGAAUGACUGACAUGUAUAAUGAUUACAAGACAGGCAAUACAAAGGAACAGACUAACACCAACACCAAAUAAAAGCACCACUUUUUCCUCUUGUAUGGUGUGUCUCUAUACUGUAAAGCACCGUUUUUAUUUGUAUAUAUAGGAAAUAUACCAAACCUGGAAGGAGACACUAGAACAAGAUGUUAGAGCAUCUUGCCUCCUCACCCUGCCUGGUGGGUGCAUGCUGAAGACCAGAAGGCUUAAUAGCUUGGGGAAAAACUUACACUAAAUUAUGAUGGUAUAGAUAUGACUGCUAUGAAAGACAUAGUUUUUUGUAUAGGCUCAAGGGAACGUUACAUCCUGCUAUCACCCCGAGGCAUGCCGAGGGGUGAUAGCAGGAUGAAUAUUAUCAUACAGAUGUAUAGUGUGUGUUUGGCUAGUUGGGAAAUGCAUUUAAUUAUCCUAUUUUUGUGUCUCAUACUUCCUUUGUUUUCUCUGCUAAGUACAACAAUUGAGAUACUCUUGUUUAUUCCUUGGUGGAGUGAUGACAAGCUGUACUUUCAGGCAGUCUGCAUCUAGAUGGUCCUUGCAGUAUGCUAUAUUGCUUGAUGAAGAAACAAGAUCAUUUUUCAAACCCAGCCUCGUCAUGUACAUCCUCCCUAUGAAUGUUCAAAAGACAUAAACAUAGGAGGUUUAAAAUUGUAAAGUACAUGUAGUGAAGGCAAAAUGUUUUCAAACCGUGAUGAACUGCAUUUGGAAACAUGAGAGGGAGAGAGAGAGAGAGAGAGAGAGAAAGAGAAAGAGAGAGAGAGAGAAAGAAAGAAAGAAAGAGAGAGAGAAAGGUAAACAUAUAGAGUGAUAAAGAGUGAGAGUUUUUUAGUAUGUUGUUGAUAUCCUUCCUCCCAGUUUUUUGCACUUAUUUUGUUAAAUUUUUUUGUGUUGUUGUAAUGAUCAUGUCAUUCCUGCUUUGUAGAAUAUUGAUAUAUUUGCUGAUUUACAUUCACAACUCAAUUAUGGUUAUUAUUGAUAGCCAUUUUUUUCAAUCCCAAAGUUUAAGAAACAAAUGUGAGCUCAUAUCAAAAUCAUGUCAAAUACAAUGCCCAAUUAUUGUCAUGUAUGAAUCAAGAUGGGGAAAUUGAGCAGCAAAUACAAUCUUUCAUCGCUGUGCUGCCAACAAUAGUUAAUUCAUUCUUUCUGAAUAAGAAUCAUAUAUGGAAAAUAACUGCCUUUAAAAAAAAAUACAAAAUUAUAGAGAUUGAAGGAAAUUAUUUCUGGAUAUAGAUAUUAAUUUUUGAAAAGUCUUUGAGAAGAUGAUUAAAUAUUUGGUUUACUAAAGAAGGUGAACUAUUUUGAAAGUGCCAAAUUACUUGUACAGGUAUUAGAUACGUGUGCACAAAAUUUAAAAAGCUCAAAACUGUCUCAAAUUAAGUUUUGUUAUCAUUUUAAAUGAUAUCUUUGAUCUUUAAAAAUGACAUCUAUAGACCAGCAGUGAACAUGAUAAUUAUGUUAUAAUUACAAUCGGUGGUUAUGAAUCAGAUGUAUGAGCAAAUCAUAAAUUAUCAAAUUUUUAAUUUUACAUGUAUCUAAAUCUAUUAAUUAUCAUUUGAUAGAAUAAAAUUUGACUAUGAAUGAAAAUGUAUUUGUAUAUUUGUACAGACUUAAAUUUCCUGUUCCACUCUCAAGAGGGAUUUGUAUGUAUUAUAUGUACCAAAAAUAGAAACCCUAUGUAGAUAUGCGAUGUUAAAGAUGAAGUUGAGUUUUGGGCCGUGUCUUAUAAAGAGUUGCAAUAUGCGGCAUAUGUGAACGAAGGUCUAAAGACUGGAAACUUGGACUUUGUAUCAUAGGAGCUGCCAAUCAAUUGUAAAUACGACCAAUUAUAUCAAUGCAUUGUCUUAUUUGGAAGAUCUUUAAAUUUCAAUUGAUUAUAAUUUUUAUGUUACAGGGCCCAGUGUAUAAAGUGUAUAAAAUUUAUGACCUCAGUACAGUUUUUAUGUAUUGACAAACAAAAACAACAAAAAAAGAUUCCAUUUACAUUUAUAGAGAUAUUCUUUUUUACUUUCUUGUCUUGUUAAAGAUUACUGUAUUUUUUAUUUGGAAUUUCGGUUGAGAUGCGUAUUAUCUUACUUCUGAAAGUCCAGUAUAUACGCUGUAGCAGAAAUUAUGAAGAAAUAUACAUGUAGUACAAUCUUGUUUAUAUAUUGGAUAUAGACAACUUUAAAUGACCUAUUUAGGUCGACUGCAUUAUCAACAAGAUGAAGAUAAAAGAUGCUGAGAUUAGUAGUUCUGGUCCAGAUUCUGUUUCCUGGUUAUUUAGAAAGUUUUUUUCCGUUUUAUAUGAAUUCAAUCUGUUUGUUUUAUUUACAAAUAAAAAAGGAUGUGAAGAAUAAUGAGUAAAAGUUUAUCCUGCCAUUUUAUAGAAUGUUUUGUAUCUGUCAGCCAUAGUUUAAGCUUGGUUAAAGAUUAGUGGGGAUAAAAAUUAAUACAUAUAUAUAUUACAAAUGUGCUGUAUUUAAUAUUGAUGUUGUAAAUAUGUAGAAAUCCCUAUUUUUCUGAAGUUUUAUGUAGAAUGUCUGAUCCAGAUUAGUUGUUGGAGUUUAAAAAAAAGAAUGAGGCUUGCGGAUUUACUGAUGUAAAUGAAGGAUAAUUUUUACUUGCAUUUAUCCAGAUUUUCAGUUAUAUAGCAUCUGUUGUACUUACCCUGUAAUCAGACUCAUUUCUGUCUUUGUUGAGAAUAAAGAAGCAUUUAUUAUUUUUAAUGGACAGUUCAUUUAAAAAAAUGGUUGGAAACUCAAGUAUGAUCAAUUAAUCUCACUUGUCAUGGCAUAAUCAUUGCUAUGUUUAGUACAAUUGGAAAGUGGGUUUAUUGCUUUUUAAAAGGAUACCUUAUUUGUUAUUUUUUCAGUCAUGGAAUGUACACUAGAUCAAAAUAAGGAGCAAGGUCAAAUGGAAAAGUUGCACAAUGCACUGCUCUUGCUUAACUGUGCAUUCAAAUUGCCCUAUUGCGUGGUCCUUGUCAACAGUUGUUAACCUAGGGUCCUAGGCAUGAUGCUUCAGACAGUUGAUAACCAAACAGUAGCAAAUCUUGCAUGACAUGUGACCAUAGUGCAUAAAUUUUCAUUUCAGAUUCCUUGCAAUUGGGCAUUCAUGGAUGACCAGUUGGGCCUGGGAACAAUAAACCCACUGUCAUUUACACAAAAUCACACUCUCUUAUUUAGUUAUGUCAAAAAAGAAGAGUGCUGCCUAAUAAUAUCAGCAUGUCCAGGCUUAUCAGUUUAUUUUGCAACUUCUCACUGUUGAUUAUGCACAUUGAAUGUACUGCUCACUCCAUGGCUGGAAAAUCAUAACAAUUAUGGUAAUGAAGAAUAAAAACAGUUUCUAAUGAUAAUACCAAAGCAGUUAUGCAGUGUGAUAAAAGAGCUAUUAUUGAUCAAGCUUGAGUUUCAAAAAAAAUAUUGAGGGGUUUAUUUAGGUAUUCAAUGUCUCUUUAUAGUUCAUCUUUAUUACUCUGUUGAUAUUUUUAUUGAUAUAUAUCAAUUUGAAAAUUCGCCUGUAGGAUGUGAUGCCUUCUCCUAUUUAAUAUUUAUUGUUCAUUAACACAUUUGUGUUUUUCAGUCAUAGAAUAUUUCCAAACUGGUUCGUAAUCAUUCCAACAUGAACAAACAAUACAGGCAAUGUUACUUGCUAUAGCCUAAUGUCACAUGAUGGAGUGCAAAUUCAGUUCAACCUAAAUACGGUUUCAUGGGCAAGGUUUGAGUUGACAAGAGGAAAGGAUUCAUCAAAGAAUUUCCCUUGAUUGAAUAGGAAUGUAGUAAUACUCAAAUAUUUCCUUAGAUUCACAAACUAUGGAGCAUGACCACAGUUCAAUCUUUUUCAUGCAUGGUUAAAUUGAAACCAAACCUUAAAUUUGGAUUGUGUCUGAAUAAAAAUCACAAAAUCACAAAUAUAGGUCAAAAGUAUAUUUAAGUUUAAUGAUCAGUUUAUAAAAUGUUUACAAACUUUACAACCUUUUAUUAUAAAUGCUACAUGUAGAUACAUGAAUUCAAAAUUGGAAGUUUAAACAAAUCUUGCCAUCAGAUAGUAACCCUUUAGUAAACAGAAAUUACCAAAAUUAUCCUUGCUCUUGAAACUUUAUGAAGAAUAUUAAUCAAUGAAUGACAUAAAAGGGUGUAUAGAAAACGAUAUCUUUAAUGAUCUUAUGCAUAGGCAUAAGGCCU